GAAGUAGACGGCACAUUAGUAAAUUGUUAGAUAAGUUUAAUUAAAAUUUAGCUGCACGCCACAUAAUGGAGAAGCCUUUGGUGCUGGAUAGCCAGGAGACUGUCGAGGGCGAGGACGAGCAUCUGGACGAUGAGAAUCAAUUGGAAAAGUUCACGGUGCGUCUGAAUGGUCAGCACGAUCUGGAAAAGAGGCUGCGCGACUUCAAGGCGGCCUGUGAGGCGCACGAGAAGCAUGCCAGGCGACGAAAACGUCGCCGCUACUACCACAUGGGUCUGGUGGCCAAGCUGGUGGCCGAGACCACGCCCGACGAGCUGCGACGUAUGCUGGAAAACGGCACCUACACCUUUCACGUGGACGCCGUGUCCAACAAGCCCGACGAGCUCAAUGCCAUCCUGGAGACGCUGAACCUGGCCAUUGCGGGUUAUAUCGAAGAUCGUGAGCUGCGCCUGGCCACCGGGCUGGCCCUGGAGAUCAAUGGCGAGUGCUGCCGCGUCGGCAGGCUCCGAAACAACUGUGCUGUGAUGCUGGCGCGGGGUGCCGUCGUAACUCUGACCACGGACGAGGACUACCGCUAUGGGGGCUACAAGGAGAUCAUAUUCGUGAUUAAUCUGCAAGCGUAUCUGAAAUCAGUCAAGAUCAACGACAUUCUGCUGAUUGGACGAGAGGUGCGGUGUCGUGUGGUGAAGACGCUGCGCGAGGCCCUGACUGUGCUGAUUAUCGAUGCCGGUCUGCUGACGGGAUACGACUUUAUAGAGCUGCCGCGGCAAUGCCAUGCUCUGGAUCCUGCUGUGUACCCGGACCUUUACAUGAACGACCUGAAGAUUGCCGCCGAACUGAAGGCUAACUAUGUGGUGCUGCCGAAAAUACGCUGCAAGAACUUCCUCAAGGCCGUCCGGCAUACAAUCAAAGACGAGUUUGACCUAAAGCUGAUUGGGAUGAUUGAUUUUGAAUACGUGCGGACUAAUAUGCUUGAUCUGCUGGGCAUCAUCAAGCUGUUGGACUACAUCUGGAUACCGGACAUGUUCAAUGUAAGCUGCUGUGUCUACAACUACAUCAUGGAGGAUGUUCUUUCCAUUGCCCACUGCCAGAAGACGCCGGUGAUUGGCACGGUUCCCCUCGAGCGUUGCAGCGACUUUAAGCGCUUCGAGUUGCACGAGUUCCUUUGGAAGAUCGAUUCCAUCCACAUCCAGAAGAGCCCGUGGUGCAACAAAUAUCCGCUAAUUGUCAAGAAGCUGAUGCCUAUACGUGACUAUCGCGUCGGCGUCGUUCAGAACAAGAUGACAGUGAAGAAUAUUCUAACCUCGUACCAGACCAUUGUGAACUUCAUCAUACGGACGAUCAGCUCUAUCGAGUGCCAGGCGAUUUUCAUCUACACCAAGUGUGAGAAUGCCAGCAUCGCCUUGUCCCGUACUGAGAUCUAUUGCCCCGUCUUCCUGAUGAUGCCGCUCCUCGAUGAUGACGACGAGGCCACCAUCAAGUGCAAGUUUGAUCUGGCUCGGGCCUUGCAUCUUCGCCGAAACAUGCAUCCCGUUCUCUACACCAAGGAUCUGAACGAGUGCAACUACAGUCCGAUCGAGUUUGGUGUGGACUACAUACGACGCAAGGGCUGCCUCGAGGUGGGUGACUUUGUGCUCACCCUGGAGGUGGGCAAGGAGGACGCGGAGAAUGUGGUCAUUGGCAUUGAUGAAGAUGUGUGCAUACUACGGGCCUUCUACGUGUCUCCUUUGGUUGGUUGCGAGAAGUUCAAAUAUGGAACGUAAGGGGGCAUGCGACUUUCCGGCGUGCAGUUGUACAGAUAUUACUCAAAAUAAAUGGUAACAGUAUAGACGGUUUUGUA